AUGUUGAAAAUACAACCAUGUUGUAUUGGUGUAUCUGUGACGCCUAGUCACGUUGAAAAGACACCAUGUUGUAUUGGUGUAUCUGUGACGCCUGGUCACGUUGAAAAGACACCAUGUUGUAUUGGUGCAUCUGUGACGCCUGGUCACGUCGAAAAUGUACCAUAUUGUAUUGGUGAGUCUGUGACGCCCUGUCACGUGAAUCCAUGUUCCAGUGCCGAUACUCCCCUAAAAGAGAUUUUAGCCCUGGUGGAAGGUAUCUUCACAUACAGCAAAGAUAAGGUCUGUAUGGGAAAGGGUCAUCUUGCUCAUCUAAUCUCCGCGGAUGGAUACAUGACAUCGGAAAUUAGCGAGGAUUUGAAAAGUAAAAAUUUGUUAAAGGUCGAUGACAUUAGGAGGGAAAGCCCGAAGGCCGGAGAGAUAGUUGUGUUCAAUCGUAAUGGGAGGUUCAUCUUCAGUCUCAUUGUGAAAGACAAAAAGGAAGACAAGGUAUUCUUGAAUGUUGUCUCAGGAGCCAUGUUGGCUCUUCGAAAGGCUAUGGAAGCCUUGAGGGUACAAAGUGUCAGAAUUCCAAGUACAGGAAACAGUCUCGACGACCUUUCUUGGGAAUAA